AUGGCAAUCUGGUGCUCCAACGAUGACAAGCGGCUGCGGACUCAGUUGCGUCACCGUCAAAAUCUCGCAAACCAAGGGCGGCUCACCAGAAAACCCCAGUUUAAGACCGGUUUUAAUAUCAAUAUGGCCAUGGCAGCCGAUUACCCUCACCACGAUGAUGACAACGACCUCGACGACGUCUUCAAUUCGGCCGAUGAGCUGGACAAUGAUUUUCUAGACGGCCCCUCCUCUGAUCUCACCAAGUCCUACAACCGCCAGCAUCAGGUUCACAAUUCCACUUCCCAGGCUACCACUGGCGCUCCUGCUUCCCACGCCCAGAAGCCGACGGCAAACACCUUUGCGAGCGUCGAUGACCAGGUCGCCGCGCUGUCCAAGCACGCCGCCAAGAUCCGUCUCGAUGAUGUCAAGCAAACCCAGGAGCGUGACAAGGACAAGGCGGACCGUGCCACCGCCGAGCUGGUGCUCGACCAGCGCACUCGCAUGAUCCUGCUCCAGAUGAUCAACCGCGGCGUGGUCAGUGAGAUUCACGGUGCUAUCAGCACAGGCAAGGAAGCCAAUGUAUACGGCGCCGUGCUAUGCCCCGACAUCAACAGCCUCCCCAUCCAACGCGCCAUCAAGAUUUACAAGACAGCCAUCCUGGUCUUCAAGGACCGAGAGCGCUACAUCGCCGGUGAGCAUCGCUUCAAGGGCGGCUCCGAAAAGGGAAACCACCGCAAGAUGGUCCAGCUCUGGGCCGAAAAGGAGUUCCGCAACCUCCGCCGCCUACACGCCGCUGGUAUUGCUUGCCCAGAGCCACUCAUGCUUAAGCUCCACGUGCUAGUGAUGGAGUUCCUGGGCGACAAGCGGGGCUACGCCUUCCCACGCCUGCGGGACGCCCGCCUCACGGGCGAUGACGUCGACGAGCAGUGGCAUAACCUUUACAUCCAACUGCUUGCCAUCAUGCGCCGCCUCUACCAGGUCUGCAACCUGGUCCACGCCGAUCUGAGCGAGUACAACAUCCUGUACAAUGACAAGAAGCUCUACAUCAUCGACGUCUCCCAGUCCGUCGAGCACGAUCACCCGCACUCGCUCUCAUUUCUCCGCAUGGACAUUAAGAACGUGGGCGAUUUCUUCCGUCGCCAGGGCGUCGACACCCUAUCAGACCGCGCCAUUUUCAACUUCAUCACAGCUCGAGAAGGACCUGUGGACGGCCCGUCAUUGACCGAGGCGAUUAACCAUCUCUACGAGGUUCGCCCCACCAUCGCUGAGACAGACGAGGCUGCCGCCGAGGUGGAGGUCGACACGGAGGUCUUCCGCAACCAGUUCAUUCCCCAGACCCUGGACGAGGUGUAUGACAUCGAACAGGAGCUCGACAAGCCAGUGGAUUCACUGGUGUACAAGCACAUGCUGGCGCGCCAAGUCGUCAUCGACGGCAAGCCCAGCGAAGAGGAGCUGCAGGACUCGGAGGAAGGGACAGACGGCGACGAAGAAUGGGUGCACUUCGAGAAGGGUGUGCCGAGGGGGAAGAAGCACGAGGACAAGGACGAGAAGCGGCAGCACAAGAUGGCCGUGAAGGAGGAGAAGCGGGAGAAGCGCAAGGAGAAGAUCCCCAAGGCGGUCAAGAAGCGGCUCGUGAAUGCCACAGCGAAGGGGAAGAGAUGA